UGUAUGUACUUAACGUCCGAAUCUCGAGUGUUUCCUACUCAGUCGUGUGGAGUUCACGCACUCCUGCGCACGGAGCGCGCGCUACUAUUCGCGGAGUGACUAGUGUUGUGGUUAAUUCAAUUUAUUUAUUCGUUUCGGUUCAAUUCGAAUCGAAUUGUCGGUUGAUUGAAGAGCAGCACUAUGAUAUUUGAGUUGCUGCUGGCGGGGCUGGUGGCGGCGGUGGUGUGGCUGAUAUUCUUCAGAGACGACAGCGACCCCGUGGACCAACUUCCUGGACCUCCGCGGAAACCCUGGAUCGGGAAUGCUUGGGAGCUGCUCCAAACGCCUGCUGAUAAGUUUUUGGAUGUAUUAGUGGACUACACGAACAAAUAUGGCGACCGUUACGUGUUCAAGGUGUUCAGUCUCCGAGUGCUGCACAUAUCCGGACCUUCGGACGUUGAGACGCUGCUCUCGCAUUCCAAGAACAUCAAGAAGAGUGCUCCUUAUGACUUCCUCAAGGGUUGGCUGGGUACUGGACUAUUGCUUAGCACUGGUCUCCACUGGCACAAACGUCGCAAGAUCCUGACUCCGACCUUCCACUUCAACAUCCUGAAGAACUUCGCCCACGUCAUCGAGGAGAAGACCCAGGACCUGGUGAAGAUGCUGAAGGACAAGAAAGGAGCUGAUGUCAGCUUGAUGCCCACCAUCAGUGACUUUACUCUGUUCACUAUUUGUGAAACCGCAAUGGGGACGAAAUUGGACAACGAUCAGACAUCAGCCACAGUGGACUACAAGAACGCUAUCCUCAACAUCGGCAUGCAAAUGCUGUGCAGGAUCACCAGGUUCUGGCUGCACAACGACUUGAUCUUCAACAACUCUUCAAGAGGGAAGGAAUUUGCCAAAACCCUGCAAGUGGCUCGAGCAUUCGCUGACAAUGUCAUCAUGGAUAGAAAGGCCCAAAGAUUGCAGAAUAAGGCAGAAGAAAGUGAUGUUGCUGAUGUGUCUGAUGGAAUUGGAACUAAGAAGAGAUUGGCCAUGUUGGAUCUCUUGUUGGAGGCUGAGGAGAAAGGCCAGAUUGAUAUGGAUGGUAUCAGGGAUGAGGUUAACACGUUUAUGUUUGAGGGACACGACACAACGGCUUUGGCUCUCACUUUUGGCCUGAUGCUGUUGGCAGAUCAUGAAGAUGUACAGGAGCGCAUCUACGAGGAAUGCCAAACGAUCCUGGGUGACUCGGAGCACGUGACGAUGUCCAACCUGGCCGACAUGAAGUAUUUGGAGGCGGUCAUCAAGGAAGUACUGCGAUUGUACCCGAGCGUGCCUUUCAUUGGCCGAGAGAUCACUGAGGAUUUUAAGUUGGGUGACAUAACAGUGAAGAAGGGUACGACAGUGGACGUCCACAUCUACGAGCUGCACCGCCGAGCUGACAUGUUCCCGGAGCCGGAGAAGUUCAUGCCGGAGCGGUUCCUCGGCACGGAGUUGAAACAUCCUUACGCCUAUGUACCAUUCAGCGCCGGACCCAGGAAUUGUAUUGGACAAAGAUUUGCGAUGCAGGAAAUGAAGACCACACUCAGUGAGCUGGUGCGUCACUUCAAAAUUGUACCUAAAGUCAAGGGAGCAAGGCCUAGAAUCAUGGUGGACUUGGUGCUCAGACCGGUGGAUCCCAUCUAUGUGAAGUUUAUUCCUCGCUAAAUUAUAUGUGAUCUGUUCACAUUAAGAAAGUGAUGUGUCAUCGUUGUUGAGUUUUGAUAUGGCCUAUAUACCAAUGCCUGCGCAUCAUGCUGUCAGACUGCUUUACGUGAUUUUC